AGGGUAUUCAUUGUAGGUCGUUCAAGGUGACCACAGCAGUAUAAAUUUCGAUCGCGAUGUAAAUAUUCAGUUUGUUUGAGUUUAAAGAAAGUUCCGGUUAACAUGCUUUCGUCAAGGGCUAACAGGCAAGUUUUAAGAGCUUGUAGACUCGCGAUUUCACCAUUUCUGCGUCGCAAUAUUCAAACUUCGAAGCCGAGAUCGACUUUUGCGAAAGACCUUUUUCUUGGCCGUUUCAACAAGGUAAGGGAAAUGAAAAUUUAAUCGUCUGUUUUCUUUUAAAGUUUAUCUUUGAAGCCAUAUGAGCUAUUUAACUUUUAAAUGGAAAAAAUCGUAUGGAAUAAUAAUGAAUGGCAAUCGGAACAGAAAGUAGGAAAGGCACGUCGCUAAUCCGAAGCGCGAAAGCGAUGGGCCAUGUGGCGCCAAACGAUGAUUUCCAAAAGUUUAUGACUUGGUCAGUUAAAUGCGAAACUUUUAUAACUGUUUGCAUUGUGAAAUCUUUAUAACUUAUAGAGAGGUAGACAUAUAUCAGUUUUAACUUCUCGUUUUUGAAGCUUAACUAUGCAAGAAUGAUCAUGACUUGUCAGCUGGUAAGAUAAAGAAACUCUUGCUUUCUUGUUAUUAUGUCAACUUCAGUAUUUUGAAUGACAAGUCACGAGAGAGGGAUGAUGUCAAUCAAAGUCAUUCUCAAAGAACUUGAUUACACUUAAAAUUUACCAACUCUAAGGAAAGAAUUCUUCUUGAUUGAAAACCUACUUUUGACUUUUUCUGCUUGAUUUUCCAGGAAGUUGGAGUGUUUUUGAGGCGUAGUUACUAAAACAAGGAAUGACCUACAAUUUACCAACUCUACAAUGGAAACGAGCAUUCUUCAUUAAAUGUUUGAUCUACAAUGACCUACAAUGAGCUACUAUGACCUAACGUGUAAUCCCUGUAAUGAGCUAAAAUGAAGAUUUUAGAAAAAGACAAAAAAAAAAAAAGAUCAGGAGACAUGUGUGUGUAAACGUAACGCGUUUAGUCUACUGCAUGACAGCCCAUUUAACGAUGACAGCAUCUCUAAUUAUUACCCUUGGAGAUAAAUUUACAGUGUAAUAAUACAUGUAUGCUGAUACUGUGACUUUUGUCCAAACCAUCCCUUGCAAACUUUCGCAUUAGUUUUAUUUUGUCUUGUCUUUUUUUCAAACAAAUUGAACACAGUCACCCCAACAGUCGAUCCGGGGGGAUCUUCAAGGGACGUAAGGGUAGAGAUGGACAAAGGAGGCCUUCAAAUUCUGACCCUGUUCAAAAGAAAAAUUGUUCAUUUUUUUUCAAGUACCCUGGCCUGUAUAAGACAUCAUAAGACCCUUUAAAUGGCUUUCGGUCCAACAGGAUGCUCUGUUUGUAACGCUAAGUUGUAAAAAUAUCCUGCUCUGCCCAUAAAAACACUUCCAAUUUUAUAUUUAAAAUUAAUCUAAAACCUGAGGCACAAUUUUAGUUUGCCUUUUCAAAAUGUGCAUGUUCAGAUCCAAGCGUGACACGACAAACAUUGGUCAUCAUUGACAAACUUUUUUCUUGUUAUUUUCAGACAUUUGAUGAUGUAAAAGCUGGUAUAGGUUCUUGCAUGUUCAGAUCUUCAUUGACAAGCUUGUUAUUUUCAGACAUUUGAUGAUGUCAUAACUAAUAACUGUUACCAUGGUAACAGUAAAGCCAUGAAAAUGAGUUUCCAAAUAUAAUUUGGUCACCUAUUUGUUCUCCCAUUUUAGAAAGUUUUUUUUAUUUGCACAGGAAAAAGUUUUCCCAUUUCCUGAGCCACUUAAUGAAGAGCAGAUGGCAACUCUGAACAUGCUUGUGGAGCCCGUAGAGAAGUUCUUUGAGGACAAAGGUAAUGGAACAAUAGCUAACAACAGCUGAUAUACUGUAUAUUUGGUUUCAUCUUUCUCCAUUUCUUUUAUUUACAGUUGAACCUCUUUACAACGGCCACCUUGGGAACAGAAGAAAGUGGUAGUUGUGGAGAGGUGGCUGUUUAUGGGGUGGUAGGGAUGUACUGUAAUAUGACAAAUUCUUGUUAGGGAGUACAACAUGUUAAUUGUGCUGUGUUCAUGCUUUCUGUAUCCCAUAAUGUUAAUCCAAUCACAAGUAAUAUAUGUAGAGAAAAAAAUGACCCAAAAGCUUGAUAAUGUUUUGAAACAGAAUGUUAAUUUGACAAACCAAACAAACUCGUGGACAAGUCUUGCUUACUGUAGCAGUAUAAAUGGAACACAAUCAAAACACGAUUGCUGCCGUAACAUUAAUCAUCAAUGCGCCUUACAGAUCAAAUUUCAUGGUCAUUCUUGGCUUUUUCCAAAGUGGCUCAAAAUACUGGCCAUUUUUGAGACGUUAUUUUGGUAGUUGGGGACACACUUUUGGCCAUUGCCAUUGUGGAGAGGUUGAGCCAUUGUAAAGAGGUUUAAAUAAAAGUCAAUGUAUGGACUGUCCACUGGGACAAAAAAGUGGCCAUUAAACAGAGGUGGCUGUUGUGGAGAGGUAGCCUUUAGUGGAGGUUUGACUGUAUAUUGUUAGCUUAUACUGUAAACUGCUGCUUAUAAGCUCCCCCAGUUAUGGGCUCAUUUGUAUCUUUUGACAGAAAAUAUAUCCAAAUAUAAGCCUCCCCCUCCUCCCUGGUAAGUCCCCCUCCAAAUGUAUUCAAAUGAAUUUAAUUUAUGAUGUUUUGAAGCUUAAUUAAAAACCAGUAAAUGCAAAACAUAUUUUGAUCAGCCCUACUGUAGCUUGUUUCGAAGCUCUUUUUCUGUUGUAGUUGUAAGCUUCCUUGGAUGCAAGCUCUUCAGUCUAUAAGCCCUUCUACAAUGCCAAAAGAAGAUGUAUAACCCCAUGGCCAAGGCCUCUGUGGCAGUUUACAGCAUACUGAUGGUUUACAUCGCAUGUUACCAUAUUAUUCCUGGAGUUGACUUUAAUGUCAGUUGCAACAAACCUUCACUCACUGACACUGAAUGCUUCAAAAUAACUUAUGAUUGUUACCUUACAGUGGAUUCUGGCCAGAUAGACAAAGAUGCGAAAAUUCCUAAUGAUGUCAUGGAAGGACUAAAGGAGCUUGGUCUGUUUGGUCUGCAGAUCCCGGAAGAAUAUGGUGAGAUCCAUUAUUCACUUACUUUUAGUAGUGGUUUAUUCUGUCUGCAAAGACAUAUGUUUAUCCAGGUGAGAGUGGAGUGGGAUAGAAAAUAUUGGCGUUGACUACCGUAUUUAUUCGAUUAACUGCCCUGGGCGCUUAUUAAAUUUUUGGACCUUGAGAGUAGGCGCUUAUUCGAGGUGGGCGCUUAUUCGAGGCUGGCGCUUAUUAAAUUUUCACCAUUUUCAGCAAGUGAAGUAUGUUUAUUUUGCAACAAAACAAUAAAAUAUUAAUGCUAAUUACAAAACGUGAAGAAGUAACAAAGCAAGGUUUCUGUAAAAUACUCUGAAGAAAACUCCGUCCUCAGGAAAGUCUCUUAUUAGAAUUUAUUCACUCAAGUAGGUGGUGUGGGGACUGGGAGUGAGCUCUUAUUUGAGUCUAAUUGGGAAGAGGAGGGGGUGGGCCCUUAUUCGAGGCUGGGCGCUUUUUAACUUUUCCUGCCUUUAGGAUGGGCACUUAUUUGAGGUAGGCGCUAAUGCGAGGUUGGGCACUUAUUCGAAUAAAUACGGUAUAUUGAUGUCUUUAGACCGUUUGAGGUUCAAAUAUUCUGAAAGAAAGUUAAAAGAAAUUCAUUUGUCUCUAUAUGGACACCUCUGGACUUUUAAAGUAAUGUGUAGAUUUGUUUCUGGGUGAUCUUCACAUUUUUCUGACUGUCAAUUUUCCAUAAGACAGGCAUGACACUGACUCAAAUAAGUUUAAAACUAACUUGCUCUGCAAUCCAGUGUGUGUGCAUGCAUUAAAUGACUUCCUUUUGGCUGAAAUUUUAGGAGGUCUUGGUCUUCUGAAUACCAAUUAUGCAAGAGUUGCUGAAGCCUUCUCAUUAGAUGCCAGUAUUGCCGUCACUCUUAUGGCCCAUCAGUCAAUUGGUUUAAAGGUUUGAUCCUGUUUUUUAUUAUUAAUGAUAAUAAUAAUAAUCAUCAUCAUCAUCAUUGUCAUCAUCAUCAUCAUCAUCAUCAUCGUGAUCUGGUACUUGAAAGUUGUAGAACUAGAGGACAAAGUUGUUGCCAUUGUUAUCAGUGGACUGGGUACUAUUCCGAGGAGACUGGAGACCUACCUGUUGGGAGAAAAAAAUGCUGGGGUAGAGUUGGCAGCACUUCAAUCAAAGACCAAUCUUGCGCUGGGAUCAGCAAUGAUCCUUUGAAGAACCCUUGAAGUCUAAAGUAACUUGUUGCCACCUGUUGAUGGGACUAAAAUUUCCUGCAUUAUCGUAUAUAUACAUGUAUGCUGUAAAGCAUGCACAAUAACAAUAAUAAUAAUAAUAAUAAUAGAAAUUGCUUUCUUGUAGUUAUACUGUUAUAUUUUUUUGAGAACUAAAAAUUAACAGUUGAGUAUUUUUCAUAAUUAUUUAUUGAUUUUGUUUUUACCAGGGUAUUCUUAUUUGUGGAAAUGAACAACAGAAAAUGAAGUACUUACCAAGGCUGGCUUCUGGUGAACACAUCGCAGCAUUCUGUCUCACAGAGCCAUCAAGGUACAGAUUAUUUUUCAUCCAGUUGUUAAAUCAAUGGAAGUGAAAACUAAAUGUACAGUGGUGGGUGGGUGGGUAGUGGGUUGAAGCUCUGCUUACCAUGCUUUGUGAUGAGUGUAAGAUUUUAAAUAUGGUAAGGUGAAGGUGGACACAAGACAUGGUUCCCCGAUGGGACUCCCCAUGCAUCGGGAUGCUUGUCAUUUCACUUACACGCCAGAGGUGGAAAUUGCAAAAUUAUUUUUAAAUCACUUAUAUUGUUCAAGACAGAAUGCAAAUACUUUUUGCCAUUAAAGUAGACACCACUAAGGGUUGUGUGUAAGAGAAAUAUCUGCAUAAAAAAGAUAAAAAAUGCCAUCGUGCUGUACUUUGUUGGAGUAUGGUCUCUUUUGGGGUCAAAUG